AUGAAUUGGACAAUCCCGAUCCUCGUCUUCCUAACCACCAAUCUCUGGGGCCUCUACGGAGGGAUCCCUUAUACAACGGUCCAGCCAUCUCGAUCUAUCCUAGAUCGCACAAUUGGCUCUUUCCAAGUGGCCAGCACCGUUUUCACUCUAGGCCAGACAACAGAGCAUAUGAGGAACCAGACAGCAGAAAGCAGAGGCAACGCGCAACCCCCACCGUCUAUCGUACAGCCUCACCCAAGUCCUACGGUACGGUUCGAUCGCCUUCCAGUAAACGGGACUCGCACCUCCACUGGAAACCAGAUUGACCUUUUCAUCCAUUGGCUAAGACAUAUUUCGUCAAAACAGACUUCAACUCCAAAUCUUCCAGUUCCCGACGAUACUCCUGUGUCUUUUCCCGAUCGAGCAUCUGGCCCAACAAAAGAAAGUGACUUUUUCGCAUUUGCGCUGAUCUUCUUUGGCAUUGUGGUCUUGCAAACAGUCGCCCUUGCAGAAAUCACCCGACCUCAACAGGACCUGCAACUCGAGAUAAGAGAUCUCAUCGUGGAGAGUCGACAGGAGUUCCGUGAUUUCCUUGCAAGUUCGUUCCCCGGUAUAUUGAACGCCAUUCUAUCCGUCCCGUUUGAAGUACAACAAUGCGCCCGAGAUGAGCUCCAAAAUAUACACCGAAGCAUCCAAAGUCUCGAAGAGCUUCCUCAGGACUUCACCCAGUUGUCUUUUGACUUGCGCGAACGUAUCCAGGCCCAAUUUUCUGAGCUGUGCGGAAGUUUAGAAAAAUCCCUGCAGAGCGGGUUUGACCAAAUCACCAGUGACAUGAACAAGUUUGAAGCAGAAUACAGACAGAGCCGAGCACAAGAAAAGAUGUCGUUGCGAUCGCGCGAUAACACCCCUGAUACUGGCGAUAGCUCCGAUCAAGAUAAAUUCUGCAGGGAGAUCUGGACGGAGAUGAAAGAUGAUUUCAAACGCACAGUUGAAGGGCUCAAUACGAAUCUAUUCAUGUUGAAUGUGGUCAUCGAUGCUUUCCAUGACCAGUUCCAGAGAAUUCCAAGCAUGAUGGCCACUGAGCUGACAAAGGCUUUCAAGGCAGAGAUCAAGAAAUACGAUAUUGAUAUCAAUAUUGAGAAUAAGAAUGGGGAUUUGGGUGCGGCUGCUACUGCUGGUGGAUUUGCCUCCUUGCCAUUAGGCCCGAGGACAGAUGGGACGGAGGCGGAUGGUCAAGAAGACUUAAUUAUGCUGGGCCAUCGAUUGGAAGAGGUGGAGAUGGGCCAGGAAGGAGCAGCGCAGUUGGACUGUACCCCACAAGGUUCUCCGUCAAUCGGACCAGACAUUCAGGACUCUGAGCUUGCAAUGUAA